GACACGGGAGACUCAGGGAGAACGGAUCUGUUGCUGUCGGGAGCUAUCCAGUGCUGAAGUUGCAUUCCGCGUAACGGUUCGUGUACAGCAGAAACGCAUCGCCACGGAGCUCCUGCGUCUUUUUCUCUGCUCAGGUGUUUGAUUUUCAGCACUUUUAAGGAUCACCGUGCUGUCCAAGUAUUUUACUCUACGGUGGAUAAAGUGAGGAUAACGGGCUGGACAAGUGCUUCUGCUCUGCGCUCUAAACAUGCCAAGGUCUUUUUUGGUGAAAAAGGUGAAGCUAGAUGAUUUCUCAUCCACGGAACUUGAGAGUGCGUACGGCAGGUCCAGGACCAAUCUUAGCUUUCGAAUACACGACAAAGGGUACAUCAGCGACUACAUCACCCCAGCCGUUUACGAUGGAGAAAGUGACGGUGGCAUUAAAGUACCUUCCCCAGGACCUAUUUAUGACAGCAACCACAGUGACUACGGAGCACCUGACUCGGACCCGCCGGACAGCCCGCAUUCAGAGAUCACGAACGGGUACAUUAACGGAGACAACGCGGUGAGCGAAGGUUACACCGUGGAUGCGUUCUUCAUCACGGACGGCAGGUCGCGGCGGAAAGUGAUCAGCGGCUCGCGGACGCUCCAACGACACACGUGCAACGAGUGCGGCAAAACCUACGCAACGUCUUCCAAUCUGAGCAGGCACAAACAGACGCACCGGAGCCUGGACAGCAAGAUGGCCAAAAAGUGCCAGACAUGUGGGAAGGUGUACGUGUCCAUGCCAGCCAUGGCCAUGCACCUGCUCACCCAUGACCUCAAGCACAAAUGUGACAUAUGUGGAAAAGCGUUCAGCAGACCUUGGCUACUGCAAGGCCACAUGCGGUCUCACACGGGCGAGAAGCCCUUUGGAUGUGCACACUGUGGAAAAGCGUUUGCCGACCGCUCCAACCUGCGGGCGCACAUGCAGACCCACUCCGCGUUUAAGCAUUUCAAAUGCAAGCGAUGCAACAAAACUUUCGCGCUCAAGUCCUACCUGAACAAGCACUACGAGUCUGCGUGCUUCAAAGGCGCGUUCUCGCCACUCGCGUCUGUUGAAGCAUGACUUCCGGCCUCGAAACGUUGACAAACACUUUCACUCGGUCACAUCCUAGGAUGAUUACACACUAUCUUGCCCAGUUAUUUCUCGCAAUCAAAUGUGAAACCCAAUAAUAGCACAAUUUUAUCUUUUUUUUUUUUUUUUUUUUUUUGCAAUGUUACCUGACGGGAAUAUGGAACCUUAGCAUGCACUUCAGCACCCAUGUCCUCAAAUUACGUUCAGACAGUUCAGACUUCACAUCGGCGCUGCGUAACACUUGACUUUGAUUGCCGCCAGUGAAGACUUGAGUGCCACCAUAUUGCUCAUUAAAAUAAAACUCUUUUGUAUUGUCAGUGGAUAUUAUCAUACUGCUGCAAGUGGCCCAAACGUAUUCACAAUCGAGGUAAAGAUUUUAUUUAUUUAUUUAUUGUCUCUUUGUUUUAAUUACUUCAUCUAGGAUGUACAAUUUUAUUUGAUGCACUGAAAGUGUACAUUUAUAAUUUAUUUGCCUUUAUUAUUUUCUCUCUAAAACAUUGCUUUUAGGUUAUGCCAGUCCUAUUAACAUGCCAAAGUAUUUAGAUCCACUGUAAUAAUUUAAAUUGAUUUUAUUUGUUUAUUUUUGCUUUCGUGUCAUUUAUUUUGUAAACCUACUUAAUGCAUGUAAAAAGAAAAAAAUCUAUGCCAAUACCACAAAGUUUAUAAUUUUGCCAAAAUGUAGAGAUAGUGUCAAGGGGCAAUAUUUCUAAUGGUUCUCAUAAGAAUAUAAAAAGCAAUAAUCACAAUGCAUGGUAUUUUUGAAAGUAAAAAAGUAUUACCUAUAGCAGUUUCUUUCUAAAUCAGGUACAUUUUGAUCCAAUACUCUUAAUAAUCAUUUAAAAAUAGAAAAAUACCACAUCAGGGAAAAUGCCAAUGUAGAGUCUAGUGAGUUGAAAAGACUCAAAUUCAUAAAGUCUAAACCAUCUUUCUUUGCUCACUGCUUAUGCACUGCCUGCCUCAAAUUUAAGCGUAGAUUUAGGAUGUAGGCCCAAAGUGCUAUAUAACUCCUCUCUAAGCAAUUUAGAACUAUUCUCUGGAAGUGUGGAACACCCCCUCUGGAAAUGUAAUGGCUUUUCUGAGGUUAACUCAAAGGGACAAGCAAGGAUAGGAGGGAUUGGAAGGUGUACCAUCUGCAUAGCCUGUCUGUAAUGCACACGCACUGCAUAUCUGGCUCAGAUCAAGGCAGGGUGAAACUUAAUUUUCUCCAGUUUGGGUGUCGCUGAAAUUUAUACUGAAAGCACUUCAUUGUAGAAAUCCUUAAAAAAAGUAGCACAAAAAUCCUAGAUUCAGGUAGAUGUUACCUAGCUCAAUCUUCCUUUUUAUAAUCUCGAAAGAGGAAUAUCUACAUAAACAGCUCAGAUGGUGAGAUGAUCUUCAUGUAGAUACUUAUUAGAAGAGAUUUUUUUUCUUUUUCUUUUUUUUUUUACUGUAGAUGGAUCCACUAAACUUAUGUUGAAGAAAAAAAAAUUGUCCUGCAACUUUUUGAGCCAAUGUUCAAAUGAUGUAAGCACAAGACACAAGGCAUUUUAAGCACUUCAUA